AUGCGAUCUUUCUCUGGCACUUUGUCCUGGCUGUAUUUGCUCGCCAUCUCGCAAGCUGCUUCUCCCAGCAAUGGAUCUACCUGCGGUGUUGCAAGAACCGAUGAUGGAAGCUUCUUCUCCGUUGUUGGAGUGCAAGGAACAGGAGUCCACCCUCGACGGGAGCUGCGCGAGCUUGAAAAAGACGCGGAAACGUGGAAUAUUUUCUUGCAAGCAUUUGCGCGAUUUCAGGCUAUGGAUCAAAGCGACAAGGUGUCGUACUUUCAGGUCGCGGAAUGGGACGGUGUCAAGGGUGACGGACUAAUGGGUUAUUGCCCUCAUGUCAGUAACGUCUUCGGAACCUGGCAUAGACCGUAUCUUGCCCUGUUUGAGCAGGUGCUCCAUGAGCGAGCCGUGGAUAUUGCCAACGAAUACCCCGAAGGCGAUGCUCGAGAUAAUGCUCGAAAGAUUGCUGAUAAAGUACGGCUACCGUACUGGGACUGGGCAAUCGACCCUCCGAAUGGCACCGAAGGCGUCAUGCCAGCCAGCCUUCGAAGGAAGGCUGCCACGGUAACGUUUCCGAAUGGUACAGUGGGAGAGAUUCCGAAUCCGCUGUACCAGUAUAACUUUCAUCCGUUACGAUACGACGACUUCUCUGCUCUUAGCGAAUUCCAGUUCAAGAACUGGAACACCACUAUCCGGUUCCCGCUCGACGGCUACGCUGAAAAUGCUACGAGCCGCAACGACGAAGCGAAUGCGCGCAUCAGCAACCAACAGCCCAACAACCGCGACAUGCUGUACAAGCUGCUUACCAUCUACCAGGCGUUCAAUCUGUGGAGCACCAAAGCUAAUGGCGGGAACAUUGGCAAUAUUGAGACUCUGCACGACGGCCUUCACAAUGCGUUUGGAUUGGGGAAUAUGGGAAUCGUCGAAGCAUCCGCGUUUGAUCCCGUGUUUUGGUUUCACCAUUGCCAAAUGGACCGCAUCAUCGCCCUCUACCAGUCCCGCUACCCAGACACCUGGGUAGAAUCCUCUCUCCAACCCAAAGCAACCUACACCAUCCCGCUAAACAGCACGCAAGACACCGCCUCGCCUCUCGCGCCCUUCCACAUGAACGCCAACGGCGACAUGUGGACCUCGACCACCUCCCGCAACUGGACAUCCUUCGGCUACACCUACCCAGAGCUCGUCUCCAACCCAUCCAACGACUCGCUGACGCGCGCCAUCAACGCGCUCUACAAGCCGCAGACCCAGGGCCUCGCCAACAACACCACCAUCACCACCCUCAGCACCAGCACCAGCAACAACAACAACAACAACAACAACAACAACAACAACAACAACAACAACAACCACAGCGCCGACGCCACAGACUGGCUGGCCGAAGUAACCAUGCCCUCGGACAUCCAAAUCUCCUACUCCGUGCGCGCCUUCCUCGGCGCGCCCCCGCCAGACCCCGCCUCCUGGCCCACAGACCGCACCUACAUCGGCCAAGUGGCCAGCCUCUCCUCGCCGCGCAUGCACUCCGGCGUCCUGCUCACAGCCAGCAUCCCGCUGACCGCCGCGCUCGCCGAGAAAUUCGCCGCCGGCGAGCUGCCCAGCCAAGCCCCCGCCGCCGUGGCCCGCUACCUGCAGCAGCACUUCCACUGGCGCAUCCAGGCGCUCGACGCCAGCGAGAUCCCGCGCUCCGAUCCCCCGCCGGGCCUUAAUGUAACUGUGUUCUCCGUCCCGCUGCGGCUGCCGCGCGGCGAGGCCGAUGUGCCGGUCUGGACGGGCCCGUUUAGCUAUAGGCCGCAGAUCCGCGGGAAUCCGCCGCCGGCGGGCAAUGUUUCUAGCCCUGUGGAGGGGCCGGGGGUUAAUGGGACGAGCGGCGGCUGGAAUGCUACAAGUGGGGGAUGGAGCUGGAAUGGGACGGGGGCGGAGGUGAAUGAUCCUGGGCAUUUCCGCAUAACGGGUAAACACGCGGAUGGAUGA